AGAGUAGAUCAACGAGAAUGACAGGGGUCGCUUUUUCCGCCCUUUGAAUUCUUGAUGAAAAAUGAAUGCAUCACAACUCUGGUAUCCUUUUGAAACCAAUCCGAAUCUUUUCAGUGUUCGAAUAAAAAUCUUGCUGUUUUUUAAUUGGCUAACUACGAAAUACAAACUAAACUUGACCAUUUUUGAGUGUUUGGAAGUUGAAAUCAAAAUAGUAUCAACGCGUUGGAAUAACUGGUCGUGACGACCUCUGGUGCUAGGCUUUAUAUAUACGAUUUAUUUGGAUCACGAACGAAAACGUUGAAGUUGACGCUGCGUUGUUUUUCCCUUUGUGUCGCGCCUUUCUUUGUUUUUCUUUGAAAAAGGGGAAUCUUCUUUCUUUAGUACAUCAUUCUAUACUCCUUAUCAGCCUGUGCCUGCUGAAUUUAGCAAAUAAGAAGUGUUAGCGCUAGGAAAUUCCUUUGGUUUCCUAGCCUCAUAAUCUGUAGUGACUAGAAAUAGUCUCAACCGCGACCGUUUACUUACUUUCCUCGACAUCAAGUUUUCUUGAUUCACGUUUUGGUUCCUCACGAAGGACGCUAAAAACAAACAAAAUGCCGGACGAGAACAGCCUCGACCAUCCGACCUACGGGUGGACUAAGACUGCCAACACGAAGAACAAGAGCGCUAUGGCUGAAGCUCAGCGCCGCAACAAUAUUGAAACCGACAACAAAUUCGGUGCGGCCAACCACAGUUUGGGCCCGACGAACGCCAAGGCUUUAGAUGAGGAUACUGGCAGUUACAAGCACAAAGAGAUCCCCAAGGAGUUCAAGCAGGCUUUGAUGAAAUUGCGUACCCAGAAGGGCAUGACCCAGGCGGACUUGGCGCAAAAGUGCAACUUGGCGCCUGCGAUCAUCCGCGACUACGAGUCCGGCAAGGCGGUUCCAACGGGUGACGUCAUUGCGAAGCUCAACAGGGCUCUCGGUGCAGCCUUGCCCAAGAUCCCGAAGCAAAAGAAGAAGGACUAA